AGUGCUCUUCGAGGCCCCGGAAGUAGUUCCCGCCGCCGCCGCCGCCGCCGUCCCUGCUUUCCUUUCACUCACUGACCGGAGCGACGUUUCGUGUUGCUGCCCGUGACGAGUUUGCGUGUGGAAAAUGAGCACGAUGUUCGCCGACACCGUCCUCAUCGUCUUCAUCUCCGUGUGCACGGCGCUGCUAGCCGAAGGAAUCACCUGGGUCUUGGUGUACCGCACGGACAAGUACAAGCGGCUCAAGGCGGAGGUGGAGAAGCAAAGCAAGAAACUGGAGAAGAAAAAGGAAACCAUCACGGAAUCGGCGGGUCGUCAGCAGAAGAAGAAGAUCGAACGGCAAGAGGAGAAGCUCAAGAACAACAACCGAGAUUUGUCCAUGGUGCGCAUGAAGUCCAUGUUUGCCAUCGGCUUCUGCUUCACGGCUUUGAUGGGCAUGUUCAACUCCAUUUUCGACGGGCGUGUGGUGGCCAAGUUGCCCUUCGUGCCGCUGUCGUACGUUCAGGGCCUGUCGCACCGCAACCUGCUGGGCGAGGACUACACCGACUGCUCCUUCAUCUUCCUCUACAUCCUCUGCACCAUGUCCAUCCGACAGAACAUCCAGAAGAUGUUGGGCCUGGCCCCCUCCAGAGCGGCCACCAAGCAAGCGGGGGGCUUCCUGGGCCCCCCUCCCCAAGCCGCCAAGUUCUCCUAGAAGCCGUCACUUGAGAAUGGCCGACGGUUUUUUUUUUUUAAAUUUGAUUCUAUUUUUCAGUUGACGGAUCCGUUGUCCGUAUCGGUGUCCUUUCCUGCAUCGAAAACAACUUUGAUGGCUUCUUUUCCGUCGUGGUCGUUUGAGCGUCGCCGCUCCGGCUUCGACUGUCGGCGACAACGCGAAACUUCUGCGAGUAUCGAAUUGGGUCGCAUUUGAAUUGACGUCAUGUUAGCGACGCGCAGGGUUGAUAUUUUCCUCAUGAUUUUCAUUUGAUGUCGUGAGAAAUAAAAGAUGACAACCAAAUAGAAAA